CAAAACAUCAGAUAGGUACGAGACACACGACAUACCAACACACAUUUGUGUUACGCUCUCCCAUUUUCAAUACCAAAAGAGAAUAAAUUUCGAUUUUUUUUGGCGAUUAAUAUGACCGAGUGGCGUGUAAAUUUACGUAGACAAAUCUAAAAUCAGGUUUUAUUCAAAAAUUUCGUUUCGAAUUUAAUUUUGUAGAUAAGUAAAUUUUCAAAUUUAGAGUAAAACAACCAAUUUCGAAGCAAGUGUGUAUCAUAAAUGAAGUGCAAGUGUAAUUGCCGUGUAUUAAUGCAUUGAAAUCAUCAUCAAAAUAUCACCGAAAUAUCACAUUAACUCAAUCGUUUUUUAAUAAAAUAGUGCGUGCUUGUCGUCAUUUUGCACGCAUAAUAAAAGUGUCAUCAGCUAAUUUGAAUACUAAUUUAUUCACACGUUAAAUUAUCUAAAUAAAAUAGUGAAAACGACCGAACGAAAGAAGAAAAAAAAAGAAAUUAAAUAUUGUGUGUAAUAUAGUUUUUAUUUGUAUUUGUUCGUGUGUCACGCAUUUCGCAAUUUUGUUCGUGCUCAUUAGCAGUGAUAUUAAUUUUCAUAUAUAUUCUGCCGAUAUUUAAUUGUUUGAAAUGGAAUGUGUGUGCUGUGCAUACGACACAAGACGGUGACCGAAAAAUUAAUUGGAAAUAAAUCUAUUGUGCUUAUGAAAUUGAUAAAAGCAUUCAAAUUCUGAUAUCAUUUGACAUCGGUGAUUGUCUACAUUUCUAUGUGAAAUCAGUUCAGAUUUCAUUUUAGCUGUUUUGUGAUCUGAAGAUACAAUUUUCCACAUUAUUUUUCAAUUCGUUUCACCAACCUAAUUGGCAAAAGGUCUUGUGUGUUUUAAUUGAAACGAGUAAUUAAGCAAAUAUGGCAAGUAAUUUAUCGGAUGAUUUGUGGCGUGAAUGUGUGGACUGGUUGACGAGAUGCAAAGCGAUUCCAAGCGAUCACAAAGCAAAUUGGAAAGACUCGGAGAUCCGUGUGUUAGCCUUGACUCUACGAGACGGUGUUAUAUUGUGCAAUUUACUAAAUUCAAUCGAUCCCAAUGCCCUUGACAUGAAGGACUUCAACCGCAAACCACAAAUGGCACAAUUUUUGUGCUGCCAGAAUAUCAAGUUGUUCCUAGACACAUGCAAAAAUUACUAUGGCCUACGGGAAUCGGAUCUUUUUGAACCGACAAUGCUUUACAAUUUGACUAAUUUCCAUCGAGUUUUAAUCACAUUAUCCAAGUUAUCGCGACGUGUUGCUCAAAUUCAUCCACAUUUACCAGGCUUUAGCAUACAAGUUUCGCCGUCCGAACGAAGCGACUCCAGUGAAGAUAUCUAUAAGGAUUUACAUUCAACCAAUAAUCAUCAUGCAAAAAUGUCGGAUAAAUGUGCAGAGAAAUCGGAGACAAAUGGCACUCGAUUAGCUAACAAUGAGGAUGCUCGUACAACUUCUGUCGAUAAUAACGAAUGUGAUAGCAGCGGCAGCAGUUUGGUGGCUGACGAUGAACAAGCGAGUAGCAGUUUAAAUAGCAGCACCGAAGAGAAUCAAGAAGAAUUAGAAAAUCAUUUGAAUAAUGGUGGCUCGUCGACGGUUGCUACAAUAAAAAUCACCGAACCACCUUUGGGCAGCGAUUGGUAUCUUUAUUGCGAUGAUGACUUUACAAAUGUCAGUUUAAUCGAGGAAAAAAUCUAUGAGGAUCUGUGCUAUGUGACCUUCUCAAAAAAACCCGAGGUAGUGUGUCAAACUCAAGUGACCCCCGUAACCAUUUGGCACAAUUGAAAACUUUUGCUUCUGUUAUAGUUUUGACGUGUGGUUGUUAUGUCAUGUGUUGUUUGUUAUUACUAUUGCUAUUCUCACGUACAAUUUUCUUCUCUCACUUUUGUUUUGUUUCUUUUUAUUUUUGCUGGUAGUGUGUUGUGUUUGGUAGAGUGUUAUUUUCUAAUGUUGUUCCGAAAUUGUAUUUACUUUAGCCAUUUAUCGGAUAAAAGUUGACUCAACCUUUUCUUUUCUCUUUC